AUGGGAACAGCAGCUAAAACAAAAUCGCAGCAAGGUCGCACCUCAAGUCUGAUCUUCUGGGCUGCGUUUCCCAAAACCAUCGUAAGCCUAGGCUACAUCUUAACACAUCUGUUCUUGUUUGUUUCUGCAGGUGUGUUUCACGCCGAGACAAAUGAAACCCAGUCAGUGACGGAGGGAGAUUCUGUUACUCUACACACUGAUGUUACUGAAAUACAUGAAGAUGAUGUAAUAAUGUGGAAUUUUGGAGCUGAAAACUCUCUGAUUGCUCAAAUAAAUAGAGCCUCUGGAAAUUUCUUCACAUAUAAUGAUGGGAGAUUCAGAGACAGACUGAAGCUGAACAAUAAAACUGGAUCUCUGACCAUCACAAACAUCACAACUGAACAUGCUGGACUCUAUAAAUUAGAGAUAAUUGCAGUGAAACUGUCAUCAAAGACAUUCAGUGUUUCCGUUUAUGCUCGUCUGUCUGUUCCUAUCAUCAUCAGUAACUCUUCACAAUGCUCUUCGUCAUCAUCAUCAUCAUAUUGUUCACUGGUGUGUUCAGUGGUGAAUGUGGGUCAUGUGACUCUCUCCUGGUACAAAGGAAACAGUUUAUUGUCCAGCAUCAGUGUGUCUGAUCUCAGCAUCAGUCUCUCUCUACCUCUGGAGGUGGAAUAUCAGGAUAACAACACCUACAGCUGUGUGCUCAACAAUCCCAUCAGCAACCAGACCACACAUCUGGACAUCAGUCAACUCUGUCACACAUGUGCAGCACAUAUUCCUUCACUCCCUCCAGAAGGUUCCAUACCUCUGAUAGUGCUGAUCUCUGCUGCUGCUGGAUCUCUGUUGAUUGUAGCUGCAGUCGGGAUCUUCUGCAUCUGCAGGAAACAAAGAAAAACUGAUCAAGAAGCACAUAUUCCUUCAGGUCCUCCAGAAGGUUCCAUACCUCUGAUAGUGCUGAUCUCUGCUGCUGCUGGAUCUCUGUUGAUUGUAGCUGCAGUCGGGAUCUUCUGCAUCUGCAGGAAACACAGCAAAACUGAUCAAGAAGUUGAGACUCCUGAAGAACAGAUCACUUAUGCUGAGCCAACGUUCUACAAAAGAAACACAUAUAAAUUGAAAGUUAAACAGGAGGAUCACGUAGAGUAUGGAACUAUCACCAUGAGAUGA